AGUAUCAGUCCAAGCGAAUCUCGAUACGCUCGUGCCGUGUUAAAUAAUCGAUUCGCGACUUUCAAUUAUAAUUAUAAUAAAUCCCCUCUCAAUGUUUUUUAUGGAAUAUUUCACCAUAUCUACAUGUAAAAAUAUUGUGAGUUUAUUCUGUAAAAUUCUGUCGGCGAAUAAUAAUGUUUUCCAACUUUUUAAAAUAUAAUAAACCAAUAAACAUGUUUAUUGAAGCAUAUAGGGCAUGGUUUAUGAAAAGAAAAUUGUUGUAUACAAUAAGAGAAUAUAGUAAGCUAAGUUACUUGCAUAAUAAUGGAAAAGAACCAUUACGAGCACUUACUUUGGGACAAUUACUAGAAAAUACAUGCAAAGAUUUCGGUGAUACAAUUUCAAUAAUAUCUUGCCAUCAAGAUAAAAGAAUGACAUACAACGAGCUGUUGAUUGAAGCGGAUAGGUUAGCGGCCGGAUUGGGUAGAUUAGGAUUCAGAAAAGGAGAUAAAAUCGGUCUUUGGGCCCCAAAUUCAGUAGAAUGGUACGUUACGUUUAUGGCUUGUGCAAGAGCUGGAUUCAUUUUGGUGCCAUUGAAUCCAUAUUAUGAGAAAAUGGAAAUGGAGUAUUCUAUGAAGAAAGUCGAAAUGGAUGCACUAAUUGCUCCGAAUAUUUUUAGAAAACGAAACCUUUACGACAUAAUUCGAUCUAUAUGUCCUGACUUAUCAAAUGAAAGUAAAAAAAGAAUCAAUAAUCCGAAUCUUCCUAGUUUAAAAUAUGUGAUAAUGUUGGGAGAUAAUAAUUUAGAGGGAACUUAUUCUUAUAAUGAUAUCCUGAACAUGGCUGAUGAUAACAGCAUUAGUGCUGUUAAAAAAUCUCAAGCAUCAAUUGAUACUGACGAUCCUUGUUAUAUUAUGUUCACAUCAGGUACUACUGGAUUCCCAAAAGCUCCAGUACUUUCCCAUUUCAGUGCGGUCAAUAACGCUUAUUUUACAGGAAAAAGAAAUCAUUUUGGUGAAAAGCAACAUACACUUUGUAUUUCAAAUCCUCUAUUCCACGCAUAUGGUUCAGUUCUAGGUCUAGUUUCUUGUAUAAAUUAUGGUACAACUGCUGUGCUACCUUCUGAAAAGUUUGACGCAGAUAAACAGUUAGAAGCAAUGAAGAAACACGAAUGUACCGUAGUAUAUGGAACCCCAUCAAUGUACGUAGACUUAACAAAUUUACAAGAAAUUAGAAAUGAAACAUUCAAAUUGGAAAUUGCAGUAACUGGCGGAGCGCCGUGCUCUCCUCAUUUAUUUAAAAAAAUUAAAUCUACACUCGGAGUUAAAAAACUGAAAUCAAUUUUCGGUUUAACAGAAACCACCGGUUCAACUUUUCAAUCAUUGAGUAACGAUGAUGAUGACCGAAUUACAAAUACUGUUGGAUAUUUACUAGAUCAUUUGGAGGUAAAAGUAGUUGAUGCAGAAGGAUAUAUCGUAACCAGGGGCGUUCCGGGGGAAUUAUGUAUUAGAGGUUAUUCGAUAUUAAGUAGUUAUUAUAAAGAUGAAGAAAAAACACGUAGUCAAAUUGACUCUGCCGGAUGGUUUCAUACUGGAGAUAUCUUCAUAAUAGAUGAACAAGGUUAUGGAAAGAUAGUAGGAAGAUUGAAAGAUAUGAUUAUAAGGGGAGGGGAGAAUAUAUAUCCAAAAGAAAUUGAAGAUUAUUUGAAUACUCAUCCUGAUAUAAUCGAUUCACAGGUGAUUGGAUUGCCGCACGAAAGGUUUGGAGAGGAAAUUUGUGCCUGUUUAAGAACUAAGGACAACAAACAAUUAACACGAGAAGAUCUUCAAAGGUUCUGUGAGGGAACUGUAGCUCCUUUUAAAAUUCCAUCAAUUGUGAAGAUUUUGAACGAUUUUCCAAAAACAGGAACCGGUAAAGUGAAUAAAAUGGAAUUAAAGAAAUUGUACGCAAAUUAAUAAAUAUACAAGUUUUUAUUCUA